AUGUCACCAAUCCUCACUGUGAUGGCCAAUGCAAGUAAUCAUUAUAUUAAUGUACAAAGUACAAUUCAAGCUGCCAAUCACGAUGUUGUGGUCACUCAGACCCCAAAAUUUAGCUGUUUUAAAACAGAUUUUGCUGAGCUUGACACAUCAGACUUGGAGACAGGAUCAGAUGUGGAUGACCAGGACGAGUGGGAAGAACUCAAUGAUGAACAGUUGUUGGCUGUAAUGUCAGAGAUGGACAACAAGCUUCAAGACCCAGACUGGCUCCCAAAAUGUCUCCGAAAGAAGGCGGAAAUUUGUGCAAAAUCAAAAACAGAAAGUCUUGCUUACCUUUCCAGCAGCGAGACCCAGGACUUAUGUCAAAUCUUUUACAAGUCAAUCAGAGAGAACUGUUUGAAGGCACCAACCCUGGCACCUGACCGAGCUGCAAUAGCAGGACCAGCAAAUAUAGCCAGACACAUAUUGUCCACCAUGGUGGCUGCGCUAGCAUCAUCAAAUGAUGAACCGGAGCCCACAGAGAUCAUGGACUCAGAUGAGUCAACCAAGGAGGUGGAAGAUGUUGACAAUGAGACUUGGAAGGAUGAGCUGAUGCUUUCAGUGGGAGGGGACAUAAUGAGAUUUCAUGAUUGGAGCGAGAUGCACGAGAACAUCAAAUCAGACCUAAAGAAGAACAGCAAUAGUUUAUUGCUGGCGCAAAUCAAUAAACUCACCAUACUCUCAAAUUUUGCAACUCUAUACAUCAAGGGAUGCUCGCGGAUACAGGCUAGUGUUGAGAUUGCUCGGCAAUGGCAUGAAGGCAAAGAAAUUCACUUUGCACGGAAAGUGCAAGCACUUGUUCGGCAUUAUUAG